AUGACUAGACCAGUAAAAAAUCUCAAGGGUGAUUUCAUCUCGGCACGAGCGUUGCUAGAUUCUUGUUCUACUGUCAACUUCAUCACUUCUAAUUUAGCAGAGUCAUUAAAGCUACCUGUUAAAGACUGUUCAGUCUCAAUAGGAGCUGUUGAUGACUUAUGCACUAUUCCCAAAAAAUGCAUUAAGCUUAAAUUUCAAUCCAAUCACACCAAGUUUGGAAAAGAGUUAAAAUUCCUUAUUGUCCCAAAAAUCACUAACCUCGUGCCAGAUGAAAUUUUCCCUCGUGAGUUAUAUCACAUUCCAAAAAAUAUACAACUAGCAGAUCCUAAAUUUCACAUACCUCAAGCAGUUGACAUAUUAUCGUCCUCAGGCACUACCCUAGCAGUAUUAGCUGUAGUUCAAUUGAAUAUCACUCAUAAUACGACUAACAUAAUAUUACAGAAAACUAGUUUAGGUUGGAUCGUGGCAGGAGGCUCAGACAACAUAUCAACCUCAAGAAAGGCGUCUUGUAAUGUAGUAAAAUUAGAUAUCAUGAUAGAAAGAUUCUGGAUAGUCGAAGAGAUAGACACCGAACCCUCAAAAUCUCGCGAUGAGAUAGCUUGUGAAAAACAUUUUGUCAAUAAUACUCGAAGAGACCCUACAGGUCGAUACAUCGUGCGGCUACCUUUUGGUUGCAAUAAAUUUGAGUUAGGAGAAUCUCGUUCUCAAGCAUUAAAUCGUUUUUAUUCACUUGAAAGAAAAUUUAAGGUAAAUCCCAAUUUUAAAGUAGAGUAUGAAAAGGUGAUGCAGGAAUAUAUCGACCUUAAUCAUAUGUCACUAGCUAACGACACUGUAAGAGGUUAUUAUCUUCCUCAUCAUGCCAUAAUAAAACCAUCUAGCGAGACCACCAAGCUUAGAGUAGUUUUUGAUGCUUCGGCAAAGACUUCCACAGGAAUUUCACUUAAUGAAGUUUUACUAGUAGGUCCCACCAUCCAGGACAAAAUAUUUGAACAAGUAAUUAAAUUCCGAGCUCACAAAUACGUCAUUACAGCCGACAUAGCCCGAAUAACCUAUGAACUUAAUACCGUAACAUUUGGCGUUUCAUCAGCCCCAUUUUUAGCCAUACGCACGAUUCAGCAGCUCGCCAACGACGAAGCAUCAAAUUCACCACGAGUUAGUAAAAUACUCCUCAGAGAUUUGUAUGUGGAUGAUCUCAUUACUGGAGCUGACACUCUCGGUGAGAUUAUUCAGAUACGUGAUGAAGUGAUUGAGCUGUUGAGUCGAGGCGGAUUUACGAUACGACAAUGGGCCUCUAAUCACGAAGCUGCUCUUAACAACAUUGAUAAGGAAUUCUUUGAUUUAGACUGUUUGAUAAAGGAAAAUCCUGUUCAAAAAACGCUGGGAAUCAUUUGGAAUUCUCAACAUGACAAACUUCAAUACAAGGUUCAAGUAAUUGAUCCUAAAGACACUUGCACUAAACGUAAACUCAUAUCUGAAAUUUCUAAAAUUUUUGACCCGCUUGGUUUGGUAGGCCCAGUGUCGUUAUGUGCCAGAGUUUUAAUUCAAGAUUGCUGGAAAUCUAAAAUCACAUGGGAUGAGUCCCUGCCCCAGGAAAUUCAUACCAGAUGGGCCACUGUUGCAGAACAGCUACAUCUGCUAGAAAAACUUUCGAUUGAUCGUCACAUCUUGAUUCACAAUUUUGCACGAGUCGAGAUACACGGGUUUUGCGAUGCAAGCAUACGUGGGUAUGAAGCAUGUAUUUAUUUCAGGUCCAUAGAUGUAAAGGGCAAAGUGUUGGUCCGAGUUGGUUGUCCCAAGCAGAGAACACCUGGCCACCCAGUGUGGAGAUAUCAAGUCGAGAUGACUCUGGGUUCAAACAACGAUUCUGCCUUCUAA